AAAAGAUAACAAUGCUACAGUCUCGGACUACAGCUGUACUCUUACUGGAGUCGGUGCGGUACAAGAUGCUAUAAAUUAAGGCUGAGGGGCGGAAUGGGACUAUUCUUCUGGAAUCAGUGACAAGAUGCGGGCAAUCGUUCUGUGCUCAUUGUUCGCCGUUGCGGCCUCCAUUUCGCCAUGGGUGGUCCAGAUGAAGAUCGACUACGGAGGAUGUGGUCAGAGGAACCCUCCUCUGUACCGAGAAGACUUGGACCCUUAUGUCGUGGGAGGAAGUGAAGCCCCGCCAUACACCUUCCCAUUUGUCUGUGCCCUGUACUAUGGCUCAUCUCAAAUCUGUGGUGGCUCUUUGAUUAGAAACCUGGCCGGUAACUACUGGUUUGUGACCGCUGCUCACUGCGUCUCCGGGACCCUCAGCUCCUUCUCCAUCAGAUGUGGUGUUCACAAUCUGCAGUCCAGCUCCCAGCCCUUCGAGUUCAAGCCCACCAUCCAGGCCCGCAUCAUCCACGAGUCGUACAGCUCCGCCAGCCUCAAGAACGACAUCGCCCUCUUCAGACUCAGCCAGACCGGCUUCCCCCGGGACAGGAUCGGGGCCGUGUGCAUCCCCACCCAGGACUACGUCGCUGGCGAGAACUCCACCGUCAUCGGCUGGGGUCUCUUGAGGGAAGGUGGCUCCUCCUCCAGCACCCUGCAGCAGGCCUCCAAGCCCAUCGUCAGUGAUGCCACCUGCAGAACCGCCUACGGCUCCAGCUUCGACGCCAACACCAUGGUGUGCGCCGGCGUCUACCCCACUGGAGGCAUCGACGCCUGCCAGGGAGACAGCGGUGGCCCACUGGUUGUUCAGAGAAAUGGAGAGCUCCAUCUUGUCGGUAUUGUGAGCUGGGGCUACGGUUGUGCCCGUCCUAACUACCCAGGGUGUGUACUCCGAUGUGCUGAGGCUCAAGAGCUGGCUGAACACCAAGAUCAAUGCCUGAUCCCAAGGCUGAGCGAGCCACACCUCGCGGUUGCCCCCUUGUCAGCCAGAAGUUGAAUACCGUAUCGUUGUCAUGGCGACCGGAAAAUACUCCGACUGCCUUUACUCUGCAUUGAUUCAGUCAAUAAAGAGAGUGGAAAUAC